AUGUCGACCGACGCAGAUGAUCUGCUUAACGAUUUUGGAGGCUCGGGAGAUGAAGCCGAAGAAGAGAACAACGAUGGCCUCAUCAAGGACCAAGAAGCGACUGGCGACCGCGAUCGCGAUGCCAUGGAACUAGACGGAGAUACUGAAGCAAAGAAUGACGAUGAUUCCGACGCCGAUUUGGACAGAGACGAUUCCGAGGCGGCAAAGGUCAAGGUCGAGAAGAUGCAGCUCGGGGGAGUCAAAGACGUUCGAAGCGUGGCCAGUCUGAUGCAGACGCUGGAACCAGUUCUUGAGAAAAUCGCACAUUUUCGAUCGCAAGCCGCGACGCAAAACACAAACCUCGGAAAUAUCGAAGACCACCCCGAAUACCAUCUCCUGACACAGUCCAACAGCUUGUCGACCCAGAUCGAUGGAGAGGUCGCUCUCGUCCAUAAGUUCAUCCGUGAUCACUACUCGACACGAUUCCCCGAACUCGAACGACUAGUCACGACACCACUCGAAUAUGCCAAGGUCGUCGCCAUCAUAGGAAAUGGGCCUUUGGAUUCGGAGAGCAUCAAAGCUUUGCAGACUUCAACCGACAACCCUCUGGGAAUAACCCUCAAGUCUGUCCUGGAUGGACCCUCACUCAUGAUUGUGACGGUCGAGGCCACGACGUCCAAAGGUCAUGAAAUGACCCCAGAGGAGCUUCAGCGCGUCUACAAAGCGUGUGAGAUGACCAUAUCUCUCAACAACGCCAAGCAGACGUUAGCAGAAUACGUCCAGUCGCGCAUGAACAUCUUUGCGCCUAAUUUGACCGCUCUCAUCGGUUCCCUUACAGCUGCCCAGCUCCUCAACGCAGCAGGCGGGCUCACAGGUCUCUCAAAGACGCCUGCUUGUAACAUUGCCAGUUGGGGCUCCAAGAAGAAGCACUCUGGAGUGGCUACAAAUAUCGGCGUUCGACAACAGGGUUACCUCUACAAUUCGGAAAUUAUUCGGGCCAUUCCAAGUGACCUGAAAAAGCAGGCCCUGAGAGUUGUGUCAGCUAAACUAGUCUUGGCUGCCCGGGUCGAUCGUAUACAUUCAAGCCCGGACGGGUCUACAGGAGAGGAGCUUAAAUCAGCAUGUCUCGAGCGCCUCGAGAAGUUGACAGAGCCACCACCCAACAAGGGUCAGCGUGCGCUUCCAGUCCCAGACGACAAGCCGGCCCGCAAGCGAGGUGGACGACGUGCCCGCAAGGCAAAGGAGGCGCUCGCCAUGACGGACCUUCGCAAACAACAGAACCGCUUGGCUUUUGGCAAGGAGGAGAAGGAAGUCGGUUAUGGUCUUGGCGAGGGGACCGUUGGUAUGGGCAUGAUCGGACAGUCCAACGAUGGUCGUAUCCGCGGUACUCAGAUCGACCAGCGUACCCGAGCAAAGGUCAGUGCCAAAAACAAGGGCUGGGGCGGAAACAGCACUGUUGGUGGUGCUGCCUCGUCUAUAGGUGGUUUUGGCCAAGCAUCCAACAUUGAUCUACGGGGUCGCGGGCUGCGGGCGACUGGAGUCGGCAGCACGGUUGGAUCAGGAACUGGUACAUCGUCAUCUCUGGCAUUUACCGCUGUGCAGGGUCUGGAACUCGUUGAUCCCAAGACGCAGGCUGCGCUUAGCAAGAAGCGCAAAGCUGAGGAGGACAGGUGGUUCAAAGGCGGCACCUUCACUCAGGUUGGAGGGUCAUCGAGCGGUAAUGGUUUCAAGGUACCAGAGCUUCCGACAGCCAAGCGUGUCGAUACAGGAUCGACCAAAACAAGUUCCUCAGCAUCGAAAUGA